GGCCGGCCCCGCCCUCGCCCCAGGCCCCGCCCCUGGCGCUGCGAGGCCGAGGCUGCGUCCCCGCCAUGGCGGCGCCCGCGGAGUCCCCCGCGCCGGAGCCCGAGGCCGGGCCCGACCCCGCGCCCCUCCAGCCCCCUGCCGUCGGUCCCGCCCCGCGGUCAUGUAGCCAAUGAAGAUGGGCCUUGUGGUGCUCGUCCGGAACCUGCUGCUCACCCUGUGCCUCUGCCUGGUGCUGGGUUUCAUGUACUAUGCCGCCUGGAAGCUGCACCUCCUCCGCUGGGAAGACCCCAAUGAGGAAGCUGAGUCUCAGAAAAAGGAAGGCUUUGGCUAUUGUGAUACACAUAAGGAAGUUGUAAUAUUCUCUCUAAAAGAUUCAGGGGCUCUUACCUUUGACUCCGUUGGACGGACACUAGGCUCAGGAAGGAGACAGAGGAACAAUGUGGCCCUUGACUUUCCAUCUCUGCCGCCCUCAUGCCUUGCUGUGGACUCGGGACAAUCCAGAACCCAGAAAGCGAUGAUGGAGGCCCGGGGCCCGGCCCAGCCCAAGUAUGAUCGAUUGGGUUUUCUCCUGAAAUUGGACUCAAAAUUGCCUGCAGAGUUAGCCACCAAGUAUGCCAACUUGUCAGAUGGGGCUUGCAAGCCUGGCUACGCAUCCGCCCUGAUGACUGCCAUCUUCCCUAAGUUCUCCAGGCCCGCCCCCAUGUUCCUGGAUGACUCCUUCCGCAAGUGGGCGCGCAUCCGAGACUUCGUGCCACCCUUUGGAAUCAAAGGUCAAGAUAACCUGAUCAAAGCCAUCCUGUCAGCCACCAAAGAGUACCGCCUGACCCCUGCCCUGGACAGCCUCAGCUGCCGCCGCUGCAUCAUCAUAGGGAAUGGAGGUGUCCUGGCCAACAAGUCCUUGGGGGCACGGAUCGAUGACUACGACAUUGUGGUCAGGCUGAACUCAGCUCCCGUGAAAGGCUUUGAGAAGGACGUUGGGGGCAAGACCACCCUGCGCAUCACAUACCCCGAGGGGGCCAUGCAGCGGCCAGAGGAGUAUGAGAAGGACUCCCUCUUUGUCCUGGCCGGCUUCAAGUGGCAAGACUUCAAGUGGCUCAAGUACAUCGUCUACAAGGAGAAAGUGGUGAGCGGCCUUCAGGCACCCUCCAAGGGUCCCUCUGCCCGGGACGGGCUCAUGCACUGGGCGUCAGGAGGACCGGGGGCCGUGUGGGCUGUGCCCACGAGGAAAUGGCCCGAGCUGAGCACCCCCGUCCUCUCUGAGUCAGGAGGCCAGCCGGACCCGGGUGUCAGGGCACUCCUGGGGGGUCAGAGGAGCAAUUCAAGCUGUCCAAAGGGGUACGGCGAGGGGCACAGUUGUGGGGACUCAUCACAGGGCUCUGUGGCUGGCAAGCUCUUGGCCAUUCCAUCCUCCCAAAGAGCUUGGAAAGUAGGCGCUAUCCCAUUUUACAGAUGAGAUAACUGAGGGUCUCCCAGCUUGUAGGGGUCUGAGGUAAGAUCUGAAUUCAGGUCUUCCCGGUGGGCUCCACCUUUCCCAGGGGGCCUUCCUGGCCUUGCACAGCUUUUACUGUGGAGGUCAGCCCUGUGAUAGCCCGUCCUCCCUCCUUGUGGGUGAUGGUGGAGGGUGAGAAGAGGCCCUCAGAGACCCCUCAGCUUGGCCCUGUGCCUGCCUAGGCUGGGAGCCCUGCCUCUGCCUAUUGCGUGCUGUGUUCUGAUGGGGCUUUGUUGUCCCAGAGGCAUGGCCGGGGACAGGGGAGGCCGGGGAUGGGGGAGGCCGAGGCUGGCUGGCCUCCGCCCCGCCGUUGCCCCGCUCCCACACUGCCCUGGGUCUCUGCCCAACCUCCAGGACACUGUCCCUGCUCUGUGCCAGUUAAGUUUCCCCAGGAAAUGUCACUGUGGGGGGCAAGGUGGGCAGCUCUGCCCCUUGCCAAGGUGGGGCUGCUGUUUUCUGGGCUGCCAGCCCUCCUCCUCCUCCUCACCUUCCUCCUGGCUUCUCAUCCCAUGUGACCACAGUUCUAAUCAGCCCAAGCCCGCGGGCAGCGGCCUCCUCAGGACUCUCGUGGGCCAAAGGUGGCUCCCCGGCAUUUACCAAGCCCAUCCUUCCCCGGGUGCUCACGCGAGCACCUGCCACCCACAGGGAUGACUCACGCCGACAGAAGAGACCGAGCAGCUUGCUCCCCUCCCAGCCAGAAGGGAGCCGGAGGGGCAGAGCCCCGGCAACCGGCAGCCCCUUCCCCCCUGCCUCUGCUGUGCCGGCCCCGGGCCCCCCAGCAACCUGCACCUCUGGGCUUCAGUUAUUCUCACCCACAGUCGAGGGCAAGGGCCUGGGCUCUCCAAGCAGUCAGUGUCUGAGGACUCCAGGCUGGCACCGUGCUUGCUACACCACUUCGGGGUGCCACAGAGGGCACAAAGGGCCUAAGGUGCCUGGAGUCAGGCGGCCACGGGCUCUACUCUCCAGACAGAGGCCUCUGUCCCAGGAAGCCCCUGGAGCUCACCCGCCAGGAGGAUGGUCAGACCUGCACUCUAGAAGGAAAGGGCCAGUUGUGCCCAGGGUGGCCGAGAGAGCAGGAGGCCCGUGAAGGAGCUACUGCGGCAUCCAGGGGUGUGUGUGCAUGUAUGCACGUGUGUGCAUGUGUGCGUGCCCAUUUGUGCACACAUGCAGAGAUGCCCACUACGCAGUUUGUGGUGUGCACUUCCGGGCUCAGGGGCAUCUAGGGCUGGGGAGCCAGGUCUGAGUCCUCAAGGACCAUGGGAGCGGGUUGGGGAGAGGGAGAAGUCUCCGGCUGGGGGUGUCAGGGUCCCAGAAGCCCAGGGAGGGACAAGGCGGGAGAGACAUCCAUCGGAUCCGGCAGCUAGGAGAAGGCCGAUGACCUCGGAGGGGGCGGUUUUUCCGAGGAUGGGUCUGAAGCCGCGUGUGAGAGGCAGGGAGCGUGACCAGCUUCUUCUGAGAGUUUGGCCGUGAGGGAGGAGAGAUGAAGGCAAGGGCUCCGAAGAGAGAGCCGGAACAGGGGGUGAGGAGCUGCUUAUAAUGGGACUUGGAUCUCCGGGAACGCCGACUCCUGGCCAGGGGAGUGUAGCUUGAAGGACUGAAAAUACGGUUUGUGGGAGUCUCGCCCUGAUUAAAAGGCUGCCACUGGAGGAAGAAGGGAAGGAGGAGAUCGCUGGCAUCUCAGACGCGCCACAGAGAGCAGCGAGAGUGUGACGGGGUGAAUAACAGCAGCCGAGACACCCAGAAACUUAAGGGAAUCCCCCGAGAAAGGAGCCGGCGGCCUUUGGGUCUGCACCCCGAGGCCCAGAGUGCGACAGCCGGGAAUCCUGAGGCCAGCAGGCAAACCUGGUUUCCCGUUCAUGCCUGAGACUGAGGGGAUGAGCUCUAUUAACCGGGAGUAUGCACUUUAUGCACAGGAAACAGGGGGGCUUUUUAAUGUCUGGAGAGGGAGGACUAUUAAGAAAUGCGCCUUAUGGGAGGGGAGCCAGGAACCAGAGGCAGAAGGUAUGGCCUGGACCGGUCAGUGGGGGCAGAAGCAGUCGGCAUCAGAGGGGACCAAAUGCCCCCGGGGCAGAAGGAGGAGACAGACGAGGAGUCAGCCAUGUUGUGGCGCUGCGCCAGGCACUGGGGGUACAGAGGGAGGCAGGAGGCAGGCCCUGCUCUGUUGUCAAGGAGCCUACGGUCCCACGGGGAGAGCCACACGCAAACCACGGAGGCCAGAAGCUUCGGAGAGCCUGGAGUGGAGAAGGAAGGCGCUGGCAUUGGUGGGGAGGAGGAAGGACUUCCUGUGGAAGGUGGCGUUGCAGGGGGGCCAGGAAGCAGAGAUGAGGAGGCAGAGCGUUCUGCACACGGGGGCAGCUGGAAGAAAUGCCCACAGUCAAAGGAGCUGCGAGGAGCCCCGCAUCAAAGUACGCGGCAGGGAAUGAGGUGUAAGAGGACUGGAAAGAAAGGAAGAAGCCGGGUUAGGGAGAGCAGAAGAGUUUAUGUUUGAUCCUGGGAGUGAUAGGAGCCCCUGCAGCUUUAUUUUUCAAACAAUAUUUUUAUUUUUUCCAGUUACUUUUAGU